ACUUUGCCGGUCGCGCAACGUCAUUUUAUUAUGCAUCCCGUAAUUUUAGUGUGUCAGUAUCUGUUAUGAAAAUUACACCGUCAAACUUUAAAGGAAAACAGUCAUCUCGUGACUGGAUAGAAAGACAAAUGAAUGAUCCUUACGUAAGACGUGCAAAGGAGGAAAAUUAUCGUUGCCGUAGCGCUUUCAAACUGACUGAAAUUGACGGAAAUUACAAAAUCAUAAAACCUGGAGAUAUAGUUAUUGACUGUGGUGCUUGUCCUGGAUCUUGGAGUCAGGUCGCGGUUGAAAGAAUUCGCCAGAAGGGAAAACAUGGUUAUGAUGACAAUCAAGGAAUGGUGAUCGCUAUUGAUUUACAAGAUAUUGAACCAAUUGACGGUGUUACCGUAUUUCCAAAGAGCGAUUUCACAACAUCAGAGACGCAGUCUAAAAUUUUGCGCGUGCUCGACGGUCGUCAUGCAAACGUUGUGUUAAGUGACAUGGCACCUAAAGCCUCUGGUAAUAGGGAACAUGACCAUGAUGCCAUUUUUCAGUUGUGUCUUUCAGUUUUGAAAUUUUCCAGCCACGUGUUGGACUCUGGUGGCCACGUGGUCUGUAAAUUAUGGGAUGGAAGAGAAACCAACAAAAUAAAAGAAGUAAUGAAUAGAAUGUUUACAACAGUUAAAACAGUCAAACCGGAUGCUAGUAGGUCGGAUUCUGCGGAAAUAUUUCUGCUUGGUCAAUAUUAUAAAUUGAGAAAAAGCUGAUAAAAGUUUUUGCUUGAAAAGGUUUAACCUGACUCCGGUAUAUAUACAUAAGUAUAUAUAUUAAUAUUAUACCUGCCUGGGUAAGAUCUAAUUGUCAUAAAUUAGUUUGUGUACUGUACUUUACCAUAAAUAAAUAUAGCUUAAAUCAACGUUUUGAUAACUAUGAUAUUAAUGUAUACGUACAGGAAGUCAUGUGUUUAUGUGAUAAAUAGAAAAUAUGUAAAUAUACAUGAUCAUAUUAUUUCACCCAGAUAUAACAGCAACCCGUUUAUUGCAGCUAGUAUGAAAUUGCAACUAAUAGUAAGCAUUUGGGACGACCGAGUGAU